AUGCCAUCAAAGUCGGAACGUACACUAUUAGUUCCAUUUAUAAAAACUCAACUAUUUGACUCGAUUCAACAACAUUUGCCACAUGAACCAGCCUUUAUUGAUCAAUCAUUUUCUACUAAUUCCAAGUCAUUAGGAGAUUUAGUUUCAUCUACAUUAAACAUCAUUUGGAAACGUCCGAAAGAGUUUUGUAAUAACCCAGUCUUUACAGUUAAUCAUGUGCGAAACUUUCAACCAAACGAAUCAUCCACAGAGACAAAUGUCUUUAUACAAACCGACAUAGUUAUCCAAACUCCACGUAUUAAAUCACCUAGACAAGAUGAUACUGAUUUCUGCGUUGCAGAAGUGAUUGCUACAACCAAAAAAUCUUCGGUGGAUUGCAAUUCAACAAAAAGAUACUCGUCAUCAUUGAAUGCCGACGUACAUUCAGUUGAUUAUUUUUAUACAAAAUCGAAUGAUAUUUUGUCACCAUUUCUAACCGAAUUACUAUGUGUGAUAAUGGUUUUGAAAGAAUAUUCUGGUUUAUACACGUACAUCAUACCACCAAAUCAGAUGUGUGAUUCUAAAAUCUAUCAUUUUCGUUUAUAUCGUUUUGGACAAUUUAAUGAUGUGUGUAUCGACAAUUAUUUGCCCUUAGUUGAAACUAAAGACACAACUAAACAUCGUUUAUUAGGUUUGAACAAUGUUAACGUAGAAUUAUGGUUGCCAUUAUUAGCAAAAGCGUGUGCAAAAUUUUUUGGCAGUUAUUCCGCAUUAAUAAACGAAAUGAAUAACUUAAAAUUAUGGAAAUUGUUUACUGGAAGUAUUCAACAACAAUAUGAUAUACCAAAAAUUUCAACAACUAAACGACAAUCGUUAUUGUCAUCUGCUCAACAUACAUCAGAUUUGAGAACAUCAAAACAACUAUUGAACAAUGAAAAUUUAUAUUAUCAAUUAAAAUUCUCAUGUUCGAAUAAUCGUGCACUAAUCAUUACAAGAAUCAAUGAUGAAAUUGAUACAUCAUUGGAUAUGAAUCAAAAUGCAACACUUGCCAAUAAUAAUCUAUUUCAAAAAGGAAUCUAUUACAUCAUUCAACAAGUCAUACAAUUAAAUCGUAAACAAGAUUCACAAUCCAUUUCAUUAUUAGAUUCAGCAUACACCUAUGAUGCAACUAGAAUUCGUCAACAAAUUCAUAAAUUCCGUUAUCUUCAAUUAUUUAAUACACAACGUACAAGACCAUUUCUAUACAAAAUUGAAGAUUCAAUAACAGACGAUUAUGAUAUAGAACGUGAUUUAAAUUUAUCGAAAUUAAAAGACGGUGAAUUUUGGAUAUCUUACGCAAUGUUGUUAAAAUACUUUGAUACAGUAAUAAUUUGUCAUAUAUCAUCGGAUGAAUUUGUUAUUGAUUCUAAUCGAUAUUAUUUAAGUUCAACAUUUGAAUGGAAACUGUUGCAGUUUCAUGGCCGAUGGAUUAAAGGUAUUAAUAGUGGUGGAAGUUGUAUUCGAAAAAUAAACGAUAAAUGGUCACAUAAAUCACAAUUAGAUAUUGAAUGUGAUUAUUUUAGACAAAAUCCACAAUAUUGCAUAUGUAUCAGUAAAAUAAAUGAAGAAUUUUUAACUCAAAAGCUCGUAUCAACGCCAAAUUAUAGAACACUCACUCCAUUUAUGAAGACAGGAGUAGCACCAACAACACUCACUAAAACGCAAUCAAAAUUGAAUAACAAACCAGCAACAUUGAGAUCGUCGACCGAUUCAACAUUGACUAAUAAAAAUUCACUUCUUAUUAAACGUAUACAACCGUUGCCUACAUUUGAGCGAACUGUUUUAAUUUCGCUUACACAACAAGCUGUUUAUCCUCAAUAUGCGAAUGAUAAAAAUCUCAGUUUAGAAUUCUGUAAGUCUCCAUUGGAAUAUAUCAAUGUUCAAGUGUUUCGUAUUCGAUCUACAAAUGCGUCUGUAAAUCCAAACAUACGAUUUUCGAUGGAACAAUUAACACAAGUUGCAUCGAGUGGACCAUACAUAAAUGACGAAGAAGUGAUAUUAGUCUAUAAUAUACAAUCGGACGGUAAAUAUCUUAUUAUACCAAGUAUAAUUCGAUCAGAUAUUGAAAGAAAUUAUCUCUUACGAAUUUUUUUUGAUGAUAGUUUAAAUAUUUACGAUUACUGGAUUAUUCAACAGAGUGUAUACGGUAAUGUACAAGUUGAAAUACCAGUUUAUGAACAAAAACGUGACUGUUCGCAUAGACAUGAUAGAAAACAGCUAAGAUAA